AUGGUCCCAGGGCUGUCGACGCGGCUCCGCCUGCCAGGGCCCCGCGCGAGGCCUCCCGCCCCCCCCCCGCCCCCCCCCCCCCGCUUCACCGCCUUCCCCGGAGGCAGGUCUGCGGCUUGGCUGCGCGCUCGCUGGGGCGGCGGGAGCCGGGCCCGAAGCCGGCGGGCCGUAGGGCCGCGCGGAGGAGGCCCCGGCGGGCGGCCUCCCGGCCUCCAGGCCUCCCGGCGCGCCCGGCCCCGGCUCGUUCCCGCGGCGCGGGCGGCAGGAGCCGCGCCGCGCGGGGCCCGGCCGGCAUGGACUCAGCUAGAGCCGCGGCGGGCGGAGCGCCGAGCCGUCGUGGAGGCCGCGGGCAGAGGAGCGCGCGCCGCGCCGCGGGGGCUGUGCCGAGGGGCCGCCAUGGGUGCGGGCGCGGGCGCGGGCGCGGGCGCGGGCGGCGGGCUGCGGGCCCUGCUGUGGGGCGCCUGCCUCUGCGCCCUGGCGCGCGGGCAGGAGGCGCGGCCCGGGCAGGGCGCGGCCGCGGGGCGCUGGCGGCAGCUGAUCCGCUGGGAGAACAACGGGCAGGUGUACAGCCUGCUCAACUCGGGCUCCGAGUACGUGGCGCCCGGGCCGCCGCGCCCCGACGGUAGCUCGCGGCUGCUGCUGGCCGGCGCCCCCCAGGCCCCGGCGCGGCGCGGCCCCGGAGGCCUCCGGCGCAGGCAGGCCCCGCCGCUCCCCGCGCUCCCCGCGCACCCCCUGCAGCCCCUGCAGCCCCUGCAGCCCCUGCCCGGGCGCGCGGGCUCCGACACGGUGCGCGGCCAGGCGCGCCACCCCUUCGGCUUCGGCCAGGUGCCCGACAACUGGCGCGAGGUGGCGGUCGGGGACGGCGCGGGGCUGGCGCGGGUGCGCACGGCCGUGUCCCCGCCGCGCCACGGGGGCGGGGGCGCGGGCGCGGGCUCGUCCGUGGCGGCCUCGGCCUUCGCCGCCACCUACCGCCAGCAGCCCUCCUUCCCGCAGCCGUUCCCCCCGCCGCAGGCGCCCUUCGUCGGCCAGUACGAGGCCUACGACCCCGGGUCGCGCAGCUACGACCAGGGCUACGUGUACUACCGCGGCGGCGCGGGGGGCGCGCUGGCGGCGGCGGCGGCCUCGGCCUCGGUCUCCGCGGGGGGCGCCUACCCGUUCCCGCCGCGGCCGCGCUACGAGGACUACGGCGGCGGCGGCGAGGAGCCCCCCGAGCUCCCGCCGCAGACCUUCUACCCCGGCGCGGAGCGGCCCUACGCGCCCCCGCCGCCCGCGCCCGCGCCCGACGGCCUGGACCGCCGCUACGCGCACAGCCUGUACCACGAGGCCGCCGGCCCCGAGCUCGCCGCCCCCGACGCGGGCCCCGCCGCGCCGCGCCUCGCCUGGCUCCCGCCCUACGCCCACGCCGAGCCGCAGCCGCCCUUCCGCGCGCCGGAGCCGCCCUACCUGCCGCUGCGCAGCUCGGACGCGCCCCCGCCCGGGGCCGAGCGGGCCGGCGCGCAGCAGGGGCGCCUCAGCGUGGGCAGCGUGUACCGGCCCAGCCCGAGCGGCCGCGGUCUCCCCGACUUGGUCCCGGACCCCAACUACGUGCAAGCAUCCACUUAUGUGCAGAGAGCCCAUCUCUACUCGCUGCGCUGUGCUGCGGAGGAGAAGUGUCUGGCCAGCACAGCCUAUGCCCCCGAGGCCACCGACUACGAUGUGCGGGUGCUGCUGCGCUUCCCCCAGCGCGUGAAGAACCAGGGCACCGCAGACUUCCUCCCGAACCGGCCGCGGCACACCUGGGAGUGGCACAGCUGCCACCAACAUUACCACAGCAUGGAUGAGUUCAGCCACUAUGACCUGCUGGAUGCAGCCACAGGCAAGAAGGUGGCCGAGGGCCACAAGGCCAGCUUCUGCCUGGAGGACAGCACGUGUGACUUCGGCAACCUCAAGCGCUACGCGUGCACCUCUCACACGCAGGGCCUGAGCCCAGGCUGCUAUGACACUUACAACGCGGACAUCGACUGCCAGUGGAUCGACAUAACGGACGUGCAGCCCGGGAACUACAUCCUCAAGGUCCACGUGAACCCGAAGUAUAUAGUCUUGGAGUCUGACUUCACCAACAAUGUGGUGCGUUGCAACAUCCACUACACAGGUCGCUAUGUUUCUACCACAAACUGCAAAAUUGUCCAGUGA